UCGCAACCAACAGCGUAUGGAGCAACAAAACUGGUUCAGUCAUUCAUUUGACGGCUUUCAAAUCAGUCGUUCUUAAGCUUUCGCGUUGUGCAGUUGAGUGGGACGCAGUGAGCGAUUGUCAGCUAAGCUUGGAAUUCUGCUGUGCGGGGUAAUCGAAUACAACAACAUUGAACUGAGUGUGACUGGAUUUGAAGAUUACAAGUGUAUAGUUGAUAAAGAAAAUAAAGAUUCGCGGAGAAAUAAAAAGGGUUGUCUAAUAAUACAGUAAAUGAGAAGCUAAGAAAAAAAUAAGUGAAAUAUUUUGAUAGUGCAAAAAUUAAAAUAAAUUGUUUUUGUGCUUGGACUGCUGAAAAAGGUGCGCCGCAUACAUAAACACACACAGCAGACCGCUACGUAUAUCGCUUGCACUCUAACGGAGCUACGGGAAAGUUCCGGAAACGAUUCCUGUAAACAAAAAUAUAGAGUAAACGCGAUUGAAAUAUACACGAUAAAUAAAGAACCCAAAAAGACAGGAGCUUCGAGAGUAACACUUUCUGUGCUGCAGCAGCUGUUCCGCUGAAGCGUGUGGUCCUCUGUACCUGUGGUUGGCAGAGCUAAAGUGCGUGUCACGAAAUCAAAUUAAUCAACCACCAGUGCCGAUUUCUCAACAUUUGUUCAGCCCCACAUUAUUGCUCUGUCUGAAGUGGUGGCGCUGCCUUGAAUUACAAAGGACGCUUACUGCACGCGCUCAAGUGGUUUCGUAAUCAGUAAACAAGAAAAAAUAAAUAAGCAGCAAAACAGUGAAGUAAGAAGCAAUUUGUGUUAGAUAAACAAGAAGAAAGUGUGUGACGUCACAUACAAAAAUGGAACUCUAAGCAGCAGCAAAUAGGGAAAACCGCGGAGGUAAACACACACACACACUGCCACAAAAAAGUCUUUUAACAACAUAACGCUUUAGAAGAGACUCCUUCAUCAUCAUUCAUCACGUAGAACAAAGACAAGCCAACAUGUUUCUGCCAGUCAAAUCAAAUAUCUCUACUGAGAAUAACUCAACGGGUGGCAAUAAUGAGGACGUCACCACCAGCACCAGCAACAAUUCCACACAAACGCCAAGCGACUUAAGCCCACCGGGUCCGAAUGAGGAGGUUUUGCCACAGGCGCAUCAUCAAAAUCCCGGACAUUGCAUCGCCUCCUUUGCGGCCAUCAAUCAAAUGCGCAACAACACGCAGCUCUGUGACGUUUCUCUGGAAGUUGGCGGCGAAACCAUACAGGCCCAUAAGGUGGUACUCGCUUCGGUGUCACCAUAUUUCUAUGCCAUGUUCAAUGAUGAUAUGCUGGAGCGCAAUCAGGGUGCGGUUCGUUUGCACGAUGUUGAUGUGACGGCUUUGCGUCAACUCAUCGAUUACACCUACACCGGUGAGAUCACGAUAACCGAAGACAAUGUGCAGGUGUUGCUGCCCGCCUCCAGUUUGUUGCAAAUCCAUUCGGUACGUGAGGCAUGCUGCAAAUUCUUGCUGCGACAGCUGCAUCCAUCCAACUGCCUGGGCAUACGCAGUUUUGCUGACGCACAUUCCUGCAAGGAGCUCCACACGCGUUCGCAUAAAUAUGCGCUGCAAAACUUUCAGCAAGUCGUCGGAACUGAGGAAUUUUUACUUUUGCCAUUUGAUGAGGUAAAGGAUCUAAUAUCGAAUAAUCAGCUGAACAUUUGCUCCGAAGAGAAGGUCUUCCUCGCUGUGCUCAAUUGGGUUAAACACGAUUUGGCCGAGCGGCAAGGCCACAUUGCCGAGCUAAUGAGCCACGUACGCUUGCCGCUGGUGGGACGCGACUUCCUCAUGACUUGCGUAGAGACCGAGACACUCAUAAGGGAAGAUGCGCAAUGCAAGGAACUCCUACUCGAGGCCAUGAAAUAUCAUUUACUGCCCGAGCAACGCAGCCUGAUGAGCAGUCAACGCACACAAGAGCGCCGCCCGGACGGCAUGAAACCGUAUGUGUUCGCUGUGGGCGGUGGCAGUCUUUUCGCCAUACACAACGAGUGUGAAGUGUACAAUCCGCGUACCAACGCUUGGACACCCAUAGCGCCGAUGUUGUGGCGUCGUUCGCGUUCCGGUGUUACAGCGCUGCAUAAGCAGCUGUACGUCGUGGGCGGUUAUGAUGGCGUAAGUGAUCUGAGCACCGCCGAGUUCUAUAAUCCGUUGAUUAAUAAAUGGACCAAUAUCACACCCAUGGGCACGAAACGCUCGUGUCUCGGCAUAUGCGCCUAUGAUGGGUUACUUUAUGUUUGCGGUGGCUACGACGGCGCUUCGUGUCUCAGCAGCAUGGAACGUUAUGAUCCGCUGACUGCUAUUUGGAGCUCUUGCCCUGCAAUGAAUACGCGUCGGCGCUAUUGUCGUUUAGCUGUGUUGGAUAAUUGUAUUUACUCGUUGGGCGGUUUCGAUUCGACCAACUAUCAGUCGAGUGUGGAGCGUUUCGAUCCGCGUGCGGGCCGUUGGUUCCCCGUGCAAAGCAUGACGGCGCGUCGUAGCAGCUGCGGUGUAGCCUCCUCCGAUGGUUACUUGUACUGCAUCGGUGGUAAUGACGGCACGAUGUGCAUGUCGAGCGGUGAGCGCUUCAAUUUACGACGCAACGCGUGGGAGCCGAUCGCGGCGAUGCAUUCGAGGAGAUCGACACACGAAGUCGUCGAGGUAGAUGGCGCGCUAUACGCGCUCGGCGGCAACGACGGCUCAUCAUCACUCAACUCCGUAGAACGCUACGAUACGCGUCUGAACAAAUGGACCGUUGUCAACUCAAUGGUAGCGCGACGCAGCUCAGUUGGCGCAGCAGUGCUUGAAUGCUUCCAUCUCGAGCGCGGUUUGGUACAGACGACGAACUUAUGACCUUUAUCGACCAUAGCAGAAACAUUUGCGGCGGCAGCAGCGGCAACCGUAGUAGUUGGAAAUGGUAAUAGCGGAGCGGCUACAAAUGGCAGCAGCAA